GCCCACAGCGACGCCAUUUGGGAUGUGGCAUGGUCAAAGAACACUAAUUUGGUUAUCACGGGCUCGGCUGAUUCCAUGGUGAAAUGCUGGGACGGUACUUCUGGCGAACUGAAACACGAACUGGAAGGACAUACUUUGGGGGUUAUCUCGGUGGAUGCUUCGCAAGAUGGUUCACGGUUGGUUACCACUUCGAUCGAUUCGACCAUAUCCCUGUGGAAUCUGGAAGACAACGGGGCGCUGUUGAAGACUAUAACAGCAGCGCCAGUCGAAGCAUGGACGGCAAAGUUUAGUCCCGAUGGUACACAUGUGGCGACCGGUUCACACAACGGCGAUAUCAAUCUGUACAGCGCGGAAUCGGGAGAGAAAAUCACGUCAUUUACUACGAAGCAAAAGUUCAUCAUGGUCACCGCUUAUAGCCCCGAUGGUAAAUAUUUAGCUGCUGGUGCCGAAGAUGGUACCAUCUUCGUAUUCAAUACUGAGACCAAUCAGUUGGCGCACACACUUUCAGCGCAUGCUAUGGCUGUACGAAGCCUUACAUUUGCGGCUGACGGAAGAACCCUGAUCAGCGGCAGUGACGAUAAAUGUAUUCACGUAUACGACGUGGAGCACGGUCAGCUGGCGUCAGCUUUAACAGGACAUGCCAACUGGGUUCUGGCGGUUGCCGCUAAUCCUGAUAUCAGUAAACAACAGUUAGCCAGUGGUGGUGCUGAUAAGAAGGUGAAAAUCUGGGAUUUGGCAAUGAGAUCAGUGCUGGAAACACAAGAAAACCACACGGAACAAGUUUGGUCACUUGCAUGGAAUGCAGAGGGUACAAAGCUCGUUUCAGUAUCUGACGAUAAAUCCGUCAAGUGGUAUGCAAGCAGUGGAUCGGCAUAAGAUGGAGGUUGGAGAAACGGAAAUGAAUUUGGGAUCCAGAUUUGCGCCAUCGAUAAAAAAGAAUGCACAUUUUAUUAUAUACAACAAAGAAAGAAACGCGUUUUAUCCACUCUGUAAACCGUCGUAAAAAGGAAGGUCCG